AUGUCUUCUUUCCAUAGACCCAACCCCUCAUUUCUAUCAUGGAGCUGGAACUCAGGACAUACCUCCCAAAAUACUUCAACUGAUCCUACGCCUGUCUCAUCGAUGGCAAGCAGCUUAUACGCUAGUCAAAGAUCAUCCUCGACGUCCCUGGGACUACUUGAUGAAGCAUGGGAAGAACAAUUUCAAGACGAUAACCCAAAUCCAUUCGUCGAUUUAGGUGAGCUUCAUGAGGCUGUCAGAGCGUUAUACAAUGAUGUUCAAAGUCGCUCAAGUCAUUUUGUGGUCGAAAAUGGAGAAUUCACUAGUCCUGAAGGAACUCUGAGAGCACCCCCUGUAUCAAGGGAUGAGACAGUGGAUUAA